CCUGAUGGCCAUGGAAGACAGUUUCGGAGAAGAAGACCUCGCCAACGUCGCUAUAGGAAACACUAGCCACCGUUUCAGUCAUCCCAUCAAAAUCGAGCAAGCAAGUGAUUCAAUCGACGGUGUAGACUCAAUCAGCUCUCUACCCGAAGACAUACUCCACCGUAUCCUCUCCUUAGUUCCCACCAACAUCGCCAUCAGAACCUCUGUUUUGUCAAAACGAUGGAGGCAUGUUUGGUCUAAGUCACCUUAUCUCUACUUUGAUCAGCUUAGAAUCUCCCCUGAAUCGAUAAACGAAACCCUAAACAACUACUCGGCCACCAAUAUCACAAGUUUCCAUCUUGUCACAAGCUUGCUCAACAACAGGAUUCACUUUGUUGAUAGCUGGAUCGGGUUCGCCAUCUCCCACGGAACUGUGAAUCUAACUCUGGAGUUUUGUGAUUCUCGUGUUGGCCGUUACAAGUUUCCAGAUUUCUUCUACAACAAUUCCUCUGUUCAGCAACUCUUGAUCAUCAUCAACUCGGGACCUGCUGUUGAUUUGAUUCCCAGUUGCAACGUGUCUUGGACGUCACUAAAGUACUUGUCUUUGAGCUCUUGUAGACUCUCUGAUGAAACCUUUCCUAAGAUCUUGUCUGGUUGUCCAGUCCUGGAAAGCUUGAGACUGCAGAACUAUGGUUCAGUUAAGUUUCUUGAUCUGAGUGAAUUGCGUCUCUUGAGAAGAUUGGAUUUAGAUUGCUGCUCCUCGGUUCGAGAACCAACGAAGAUCGUGGCGCCGCAUAUACAUUAUCUGAGAUUGAGAGCUCAAUGCACUUUACUUGAUGUCUCGUCUUUAAUUGAAGCUAACGUAGACUCUUCAGUUAACUAUCUCUUGCCUAGUAUCUCUUAUCAUGAAACUGAGCCCUUGAAGCUAGCCAUAGUGCAAGCAAUGCUAGACAAGUUGCAGAACGUAGAUAAGCUUACUCUUGGGGUUGAGUUUCUUCGGGUAAUGUCGCCAUUAUUUCAUUCUUUUAAUCCUUAGUGCGUAAGAACUCUUUAUGUUGCGGACUCACUUGAGCUGUAAUUAGUUGGU